UAUCUUAUCACUUACCUUUCUUUCGUAAUCACAACGUUUUAUUUUUGUAAAUUCCCCCCAAACACACAAAUUACGUGAAGCUGAGUGAUAGUGACGGUUGAUAAGGAAAUUCAAGUAGGGAAAAUAAUUUUUUGUCUGUGGAGGAGGGAUAAAUUUAUAUUUUUGGGUUGAACGCCUGGUACCCGGCGUCUCCACUGUCCUCAUUGAUAUUCUAUUCCCUGAGGAAUCAGCAAAGCAAGUAGGGAAUGCUAUAUGUAUGUACUUUCAUCGUAUCUAAAUGAAUAUUUUGGCACUAUUUGGGAGUGAAAUAAACGUGAAAAAAAAAACAUAUAGCGCGAGAGUGUGCGAUAUUGAGCAUUGAGACGAUAUGCGGUGUUAAAUAAAAUUCAGAACUGAACAUCAGCAUGAGCGCCACCAAUACACGAAGACGUUUUCAUGUCUGAGGCUUGGGCAUAGGUGAAAUGGAAAAUAUUCCUCUAGUCGUGUGGUUGGAUGUGAUCGCAACUCACGGUGUUUCUUUUGUUGGAGUCCGGGGACUUCCAUUUCCGAAGCUUCCACCACUUUUUACCGCACCUGAACCUGUGUGUACGCCUCACAUUCGGACGUUUUCAUCAAAGUUUUCUUGAGUUUUUUUUUCUCCUUCGUGUUCUUCUUCUCGCCAGAAGUUACGGGAAGGAAGCAGAAGUGAAUUGGUGCUAUUUUUAAAGAAGAAAAAAAUCCACUCUCUGGCACAGAGGCGUUUUUGUGUUGUUAAAAGAGAGAGAAUUUCGGUGCGAGAAAGUGAAUUCCAACAUAUCACAAUAAGCGGGAGACAAGUCAAAAAGUUGGGUGUUUCGAGGCCAAAAAGAAGUGCAUUUAAAAUCGCAAUUAAAUUGUUAAUGAGUGAAAAAGAGUCAAGAAGUUGUGUCUAGACAAUGGACGGAAAGCGCUACGGAGGAAGGACCUCCAGUCAAAUAUCCAUCUAUGACUAUCCUGAGCAUUUGAAUCCAUUUUACGAGGAUGAACAGCACAAAAGGCUGCGCUUCUGGAAGAUUGGAAAGAAGUCUGAUAAAGUUAAGCGAAGCAAUAGCUUCAGUCUCGAUGGAUUCAGGGAAUUAUGGACUCUAAAAUCCUUUCGGCUUAAGAAGAAAUCCUCAACAUUAGGGAUUAAUAAGACAUCCGAGAGUCCUCCACCAUUGAGGAGGACCCUCAUGGUGGAAGAGCAUGAUCCAGAACGUGCCUAUCACACCCUAGAUCCCAGUUCAAGGCACACAGUUUCCGUGGGAUUGAACAACAACUUCCAAAGGAGCGCCAGAUAUCGAAGCUCCCUUCAGGAUAUGAGUACUUUGCAGCAAUCAUCGCCCUUCAAUCGAAGCGACAAAUACCGGAAUACAAUGCAAAAUGGCCAGGAAUUUACGAAUAGAGGAUUGAGGAGUCCUCAGUAUUCUGGAGGAUCCACAGGGAAUCACUUGGUGCACAGUUCAUCCCAGCAGAGCUUAUCCAGCACAAAUCCCUUCGAUGAAGGAGAAAAUCAAGCAUCAACUUCGGGAUCCUCAACGGGAGGAGUAAAGAAGCCAGCUAGGAAGAAGAGACGUGCCCCACCUCCACCAACACCAAAAAUCACACCACAAUCAUCUGGGAAUAAUGAACCUGAAAAGGUUCAGGAGAACAUUGAGCCUGAACAGGCGGUGGCUAUUUCGAAUUUAACGGCUGAAAUUGAGAGUUUCGUGAAAAAAUCUGAUUCAGAUGACUCAAAGGAAUGUGGUGAGAUUAGUAUUCCUGUUCCUGCUCCGAGGAGGGAGAAGAGGGAAGCCCCCAAGUUUGAGGUGACCAAAACCGUGGAUGAGUGUGAGAUUACUCUGCGGAUUACUGAAUCUACUGAUGAUCUCACACAUGAUGUGGGUAGAGAGAAUGUGGAAAAGAAGUCACCUGAGAGGGAAAAGGAAGUUCUGAAGGUGGUUGAGAAGCCCCAAGAAGUCAUUAAGCAACCCGAAGAAGUUGUUGAGAAACCCAAAGAAGUUGUUGAGAAGCCAAAAAUUGCUGAGAAGCCUAAAGAACUUCCUGUGGCUGUAAAGGAUGAUGUUAAAGAGGUGAAAGAGUUGAAAAUUGAAGAGGUAUCACGAGAAGAUCAGCAACAGGAAACAGUUUACAAAGAAAAUGGUCAGGUCGUAGGUCAAGUGAAGAUGACGGAGAAGUCAGAUCCUUACAAGAAUGUUGUGGUUGAAAUGGAAAAGUAUGAAAUUCGCUUUUCACCGCUAAAGACCAACGAUGACCGCGAAGGGGAGCAUCGAAAGAAUCCCGUGGAGCGUCAGAGGUCAGUUCAGGAGAUCAUUGAGUCAAUUAAUAAGAAUCAGAGCCUCUUGCGGAUCAACUAUGAGGAUGAUACACGCGUGCAGAAUAUUAUGCACGACAUUGAGACGCAAAAAUUGGAUGCACAGCGAAGGAAGUCAGCCGAUAGCCUCAGCAGGAAUAUUCAGGAGCUUGAGGUGAAGGAACGUGAAAUGCGGGAAUUAAUUAGGGAGUUGGAGGAGCAACAGGAGGCCUAUGAGAUCCCAGUUCCGGUGCAGGAAUUCAACAAUAACUCCUUCAGCAAAUGCGUCCAGUUGCGUGAUCCCGAGGCGAGAGAUCAGAAUGAUAAUCAAACACAGCGAAGCAGCAUUGAGUGGAAUCCCCUGCCGAAGCCCAGACGUAGCCGUAACCUCUCCAUGGAGGAUGCAGACGUUCCACCCACUUAACUCACUUAACCACAUCCAAGCAAUUCAUCAUUUAGUGCCAUUUUUUUUUUCGUCUUGAUAGUUCAGCGUGAUAAAAAACAGGUUGUUUAAUAUAUUUAUAAUUAUUCUUUAUUCAUGAUCAUGCUUCACGAGGAUCCCAGCACAGCCACGAGCUGGUUGUGGGAUAGAGCUGGGGCUUUAUAGAAAAUACAUAAUUAUAUCUUUAUAAAGUAUUUAAAAAUCAA